AUGUCUCUUGGCCGUCGUAUAGCCCUCGGUGGCGUGGUCGUCGGCGCAGCGCUGUAUUUUUGGCCGCAGGCCUCACCAGGAGUUCCCGGUGCGCCCGUCACUACCUUCAAAACCACCAGCGUGCAAAACGUGGAGAAAGCCUAUGCGAAUGGCGGUGCCACUUCCACACAUACAAAGGCAUAUGGGGGCACGGUUCAGGGCCAGAAACAAGAUGGGCCGAUGAGGGAGGGUUCGGCCACAAAUAACCCCAAGGGGUACCAGCAAGAAGGAAUUGGACACGACCAGCGGCCGACCGAUCUCACGAAGCCUGAGAAGUGGUGGAACAAGACGAUGUUAGGAAGUGAGAAAGGCAAAUGA